UACUUGUGGGUUCUGUUAAUAUUGUGAGUGCUGGAUCACGAGGGAUUCCACCCCAAAUGGCAAAUUUCACUAGUUUCAAGGAGCUGUCUGCUAAGGUAUUGUAGGUGGACAGCUACUUUGAUAUCUAGCAGGAUAGUAACCUCCAGGUGUCCAGAAUAUCACUGUGUAUGUUGGCCAGACCUUCCAAUAACACUCUCAUGUACUUUUCAUUAACUAUAACUGUCCUAUCACUCCAUGUUCAGGGAAAUCCUUAACCUCUCAGAAUUAGGAAGAAGAAACAGUGAGAUGAAAUAGGAGUAUAGAGCUGCAGAUUCAGACCCAGAAUAGGUCCUUGUUUAGGCUCUCUCCCAUUCUUUGAGGCUACCCCUGUGCAUAGCGACAGGUUAAGGAAUUCAGAGGGUGAAAGAACUUCCUUUCUGUUUGUGGUAUAUUUGUAUUGUUUUGGUUUCAAAGAACCUGCUGGCUAUAACACACAUCAACUGGCAGCACCUCUCCCUUUUCUGUGUACCCUGAAAAGAUCAUGAGUCUCAGGGUUACUCUGGUCAAAUUUGAAUCAUCGAAUCAUCAUUGAAAUACUUAGGCAAAUUGCGUACUUUCUAAGUCUGAAGUUGCAUAAGCAAAAAUGGGAGAAGAUUUACUUCUUGGGGGAAUAAAAAGGUUGUAGUGUGGUGUAUGAAACACAAUUUAUAAAAGGUGCUCUAAAAAUGUCAGGGUUUCUCCUAUUCCUCCUUUCCCCUCAAACUAACAAAACCAAAGUCCUGAUUUCUGAAAGGCACAAGAAGGUUCCAGUCAGCUUCUUCUAUGACUCUUCGUGACAUUUUGAGCCUCUUAUCACUUCUUCUAUCACUGCUUCUUAUUUCUCAGCCUCCACCCAGUUACCUCUAUGCCCCUGGCCCUGGGUUUCAAGUUUCAUUUUUUGCAUAGCUUUUGUGCUUGCAAUCUUCUCUUUCCUAGUCUAAGAAAUUCUUUCUUCUUCAAGAACUUCUUUUUCACUCGGAGGUCAGAGGAUGUGAAACAUGGGAGAGGUGGAACUGAAGGGCCUGGGUCGGGCAGGAAAAACCCUGUAAGAAAAACCUCAAAGAGAAUUCCCCUUUCAGGAGUGUGGGAUGAAUAGCUGAAUAUUCUAAAGGACAAAAUGGGAGUGGCAUUUAGUGAGCUUAAGGUAUUGAUGUGGAAGAAAAAGAGGAAACUUUGAAAUUGUAAAGUGCAUGGGGUGGAGGAGGUAGGUGAGAUCCAUUUUGGAUCAGAGCAGGCUUUGGGGGGGAAGACGUAGGUGUUAGGUGGUUCACCUGGGAAGAUGGGAACUGACAAGUGAACAGAUGGAGGCAGACACGCCUUCCCCUCCCUUGGUCCGUGGUCUGCGGGCCAGUGGAGUAGUUCUGGCUGCAGAAAGCAAAACCCCUAAGCUUCUGUCUCGGAGGACACCCUCCUACGCGCAGUCCUGGAACACAGGGAGGGCGGGGCCUGCGUGUGUGGGCGGGGCCCCAAGGAGCCACCCGCCCUGGCGGGGCUCCCCCUCCCGGGUCCCCUCCCUUCCGCGCUCGUGCGGGAGGGCGGAGCUGGGCUGUCUCCAUUGUGGAGAGCAGGAGAGAGGCGCGCGGGAUCGGCGCCGAGGCCCCAGCAGCUAGCGCGCCAGCCGCUUGGCCUCUGCGGCUGCACCUGGCGGGCUCUGCAGCCGGGAUGCGGCGGGCGCCCGGGACUGGUGGGCAGCUCAGCGGCUCCGGGGACAUGUGCGCUGGCCUAGACCGCCCGCGACCAUGAGCCUGACCGCCCGUGUCUCCUGCUCCAUGCUCAGCUGCUUCGGUGAGGAGGGCCCCCCCAGCCUGGAGUACAUCCAAGCCAAGGAUCUAUUCCCCCCAAAGGAACUAGUGAAAGAGGAGGAAAAUUUGCAGGUACCCUUCACGGUGCUGCAGGGUGAAGGAGUGGAGUUCCUGGGUCGGGCAGCUGAUGCCCUCAUUGCCAUCUCUAACUAUAGGCUGCAUAUAAAGUUCAAGGACUCUGUCAUAAACGUCCCCCUCCGGAUGAUUGACAGUGUAGAGAGUCGUGACAUGUUCCAGUUACAUAUUGCCUGCAAGGACUCUAAAGUGGUGAGGUGCCACUUCUCCACUUUCAAACAGUGCCAGGAGUGGCUCUCACGGUUAAGCCGGGCCACAGCAAGACCUGCCAAGCCUGAAGACCUCUUUGCCUUUGCAUAUCAUGCCUGGUGCCUGGGGCUGACUGAGGAGGACCAGCAUACGCACCUAUGUCAGCCAGGAGAGCACAUACAAUGCCGGCAGGAGGCGGAGCUCACAAGGAUGGGCUUUGACCUGCAGAACGUCUGGAGAGUCUCUCAUAUCAACAGCAACUACAAGUUGUGCCCCAGUUAUCCCCAGAAGCUGCUGGUCCCUGUAUGGAUCACAGACAAAGAACUGGAGAAUGUAGCAUCAUUCCGCUCUUGGAAGCGGAUCCCUGUGGUUGUGUAUAGACACCUGCGCAAUGGGGCAGCCAUCGCCCGCUGCAGCCAGCCUGAGAUCAGCUGGUGGGGCUGGCGCAAUGCUGAUGAUGAAUACUUGGUCACCUCCAUUGCUAAAGCCUGUGCUCUGGAUCCGGGAACUAGGGUCACUGGGGGCUCCCUCAGUACGGGGAAUAGUGAUGCCAGUGAGGCAUGUGACCCUGACUUUGAUUCCUCGCUGACUACAUGCUCCGGAGUAGAGAGCACAGCAGCCCCCCAAAAGUUGCUGAUCCUGGAUGCUCGAUCCUAUACAGCAGCAGUGGCUAAUCGGGCAAAGGGUGGAGGUUGUGAAUGUGAAGAGUACUACCCUAACUGUGAGGUUGUAUUCAUGGGAAUGGCCAACAUCCAUGCCAUCCGGAACAGUUUCCAUUACCUUCGUGCUGUGUGUAGCCAGAUGCCAGACCCUAGCAACUGGUUAUCGGCCCUGGAGAGCACCAAAUGGCUGCAGCACUUGUCAGUGAUGCUAAAGGCAGCUGUGCUUGUGGCUAAUACGGUUGACCGAGAAGGCCGGCCUGUGCUGGUACACUGCUCAGAUGGCUGGGACCGGACACCACAGAUUGUAGCCCUGGCCAAAAUCUUACUGGACCCGUAUUACAGGACAUUGGAGGGCUUCCAAGUAUUAGUAGAGUCUGACUGGCUAGAUUUUGGACAUAAGUUUGGAGAUCGCUGUGGCCACCAGGAAAAUGCAGAAGACCAAAAUGAGCAGUGCCCUGUGUUCCUUCAAUGGCUUGAUUCUGUUCAUCAGUUGCUCAAGCAGUUCCCUUGCCUUUUUGAGUUUAAUGAAGCAUUCCUGGUAAAACUGGUGCAGCACACAUAUUCUUGCCUCUAUGGCACAUUCCUGGCCAACAACCCCUGUGAGCGAGAGAAACGUAAUAUCUACAAACGGACCUGCUCUGUGUGGGCGCUUCUGAGAGCUGGCAAUAAGAACUUUCAUAACUUUCUGUACACACCUGGCUCAGACAUGGUCCUUCAUCCUGUGUGUCAUGUUCGAGCCCUACACCUCUGGACAGCUGUUUAUUUGCCAGCAUCGUCUCCAUGCACACUUGGGGAGGAGAACAUGGAUCUCUACCUUUCCCCAGUGGCUCAGAGUCAGGAGUUCUCUGGCCGCUCUCUGGAUAGACUACCUAAAACCAGAUCUAUGGAUGACCUCCUUUCUGCCUGUGACACAAGCAGUCCCCUGACUCGCACAUCCAGCGACCCUAACCUGAAUAACCAUUGUCAGGAGGCCAGAAUAGGUCUGGAGCCCUGGCACACUAAUCCUGAGGGAUCAGAGACAUCCUUCCUGGAGUCUGGAGUAGGAGGCCCUCAGCAGACUGUAGGAGAAAUGGGUCUUCCACCUCCUCUUCCCACCAACCAGAAAGACUACUUGAGCAGUAAACCUUACAAUAGUCACAAAAACUGUUCUUCAAGUUACACACUGCUUACUACUGCAAUGCCCCGGGAAAUGAAGAGCAACACCUCUGAUCCUGAGAUCAAAGUCCUGGAAGAAACUAACGUACCAGCUCUAGACACCCCUGCCCAGGAUAAGCCGGACAGAACUUUAGAUGGCCCAGGGGAGCCACCUGAACAUUGUCCUGAAAAAGAAGCUAUGAGUAGAUUAUCAGAAAUUGUUUCCAACAAGCAUGAUGAAAUUUGUGAUUUCCCUGAGUCUUCUCAGGACUCCCUUAUAGCUGCUCCCCAACUUGCUCAGUUAGAGUCUGUGCUGGACAUGCCCUCCAGUUGUGUUCCAGAUCAUAGUCUGGGUACUCUUUAUAAGCCGCCGAGUGCUACUUGCCAAACUCCUGCAGAUCCAAGCACUGACUUCCUCAGGCAAGAUACUCCAGUGUCUGCAGCAAGUAUCUCCCAUCAGGAACAGCCCAGUUCUGUCCCAGACUUUAUUCAUGGGGAGGAAGAUUCCAUUAAGAGAGGGCAUAAUAGGAGUGUGCAAUUAUUGGAAAAUCCUCACUUUGGAAAAGUGCCAUUGGAAUUGGUACGAAAGCCAAUUUCUCAGAGCCAGAUCAGUGAGUUCUCCUUUUUAGGGUCCAACUGGGACAGCUUUCAAGGGAUGGUGACUUCGUUCCCAAGUGGAGAGACCACUCCUCGGCGACUGCUUUCCUAUGGCUGUUGUAGCAAGAGAUCGAGCAUUAAGCAGAUGCUUGCACCAGGGCCCUGCUUUGGGGGCCAGUGGGCUCAGAGAGAAGGUGUGAAGUCACCUGUCUGUUCUAGUCAUUCCAAUGGACACUGUAGUGGUCCAGGAGGAAAAAACAACCGAAUGUGGUUGUCUAGUCACCCAAAGCAAGUCUCCAGCACAAAGGCUGUUCCACUGAGCUGUCCUUCUCCAGUGCCUCCUCUCUAUUUGGAUGAUGAUGGACUUCCCUUUCCUACGGAUGUCAUCCAGCAUAGGUUACGGCAAAUUGAAGCAGGGUACAAACAAGAAGUGGAACAACUACGUCGACAGGUGCGUGAACUUCAGAUGAGACUGGAUAUCCGUCACUGCUGUGCACCUCCAGCAGAGCCCCCCAUGGACUACGAGGAUGAUUUUACAUGUCUGAAGGAGUCAGAUGGCAGUGAUACAGAAGACUUUGGCUCUGAUCACAGUGAAGACUGCCUUUCAGAAGCAAGCUGGGAACCUGUAGAUAAGAAGGAAACUGAGGUGACUCGCUGGGUUCCAGACCAUAUGGCAUCACAUUGUUAUAACUGUGACUGCGAAUUUUGGUUGGCCAAACGAAGACACCAUUGCAGAAAUUGUGGGAAUGUAUUUUGUGCUGGAUGCUGCCACCUGAAGUUGCCCAUUCCUGAUCAACAACUCUAUGACCCAGUUCUCGUCUGUAACUCUUGUUACGAACACAUCCAAGUAUCUCGUGCCAGGGAACUCAUGAGCCAACAUCUGAAGAAACCCAUUGCUACAGCUUCCAGUUGAAUGCCAGAGGAGAUGACCUGUCCAAUUUUAGCAGGUUUGAAGGGAGGAUCUGCCUCUGGUAUAGUUUUGAAGGUUCCUUGGUGUGGCUCAUGAAAUCAUAGAGCUCAAAGAUGCCAUCUUGGGGAAUCCUCCUUGGUACCAUGAGACUGGAGCAGAGGAAUUCCAAUUGGCAGGAGGUCAUUUACUGGUGAGACACUCACCUUGGGGUAACAGUCCUGAUUCAGAUUCAGAAUCUGGAACUAAUGUUGAACUGGUGACUCCAGCUUUUUUCUCAUUGGGGGGGGAGGGUCACAACAUGAUGAUUUCUUAGAUACUGCCUGGUGACGUGUGCUCCAAACAGCAAUAGAAAGGCAUAUGCAUAACCAAACUCCAAGUGAUAACCAGACCUAUCUCCUCCACCUUGAAAAAAGCAGAUUAUAGUAUAUAAGAUAGGAAUUCCUAUCCUAUUUUGAAAUGAACUAUUCUUUGUACCUCUGUGCUCUGUGUCUGUGCAUGAAGGCUCAGUCUUUAGAGGCACUCCCCCUAGCUGCAUUAGUUCUGUCUUUCUGUGGAGUUUGGUUUAAAGACUGGUUCAGCAAGUAGAGUUUUGCUAUAUUUUUCACUUGGCUCAUUGGCCAGCAUCAGUUUAGGGGGACAGUUCUAGGGAGUGUAUGUGAGCAGAGGAAAACUACUGAUGCUCAGUCCUGGCAAAAAUCAGUUACUUUGAUCUGUGAAGGCAGUAGUCUCUGUUACUCAGUGGCAACUCCUGAGGUAUGCACUGUGAAGAAUGAGAAGGGAAAAGCAGAAGUUAUUCUUGUGAAAUAGUUGCUGAUUGUGCCCUUUCCUUUGCACCUGACUUCUCCUAGUUAUCCUGGUGCUAACACAGGAGCUAGACCUUGAUCCUCUCCUGGCAUGAAAAUAAAACAAUGGUUUUGUUUAUUUGUUGUCCCAUUGCCUACUUCCCUCAUGUUGUGUUUCCCUUGGCUGCUGCCUUCUCUGGGUCACACUGCUUCUUAUCCUGAACACUUGACACCUUGAGGGUAGAAUUUAGUGGGGGGGGUUUUUGUUUGUUUGUUUUUUUACCUCUAGAAUAUGUUGUUUGGAAUGUGAGGGUUUCAGUACAAAUGCUGCUGUCAAUUUCUGUGCACUUAACAAUGGAACCCAAACAGAAUAGAAUAAAGCCUUGAUACCAAAAUUGGGAGAGGAAAUAUGCCCUUUUGGACCAAAUAUUUUUUUUGGGGGGUCACUGUUGUUUUCUUUUUCAUCUUAAUAUGUACCUGUGGCACUUAACCAAAAGAUACAGUGAUAUAGCCAUGUCCUGUGCUUGUGACAGAUACAGUCUCCCUGACCUAGAAUCAAACCACUAGCAUUUCUUUUACACAUUUUACCUGAAAUUGCUGGUGUAUAAAAGGUAAAUUACAUUUAGGCAUAUCCAUAUCCUGUUUUAAAACUAUGGUAGUUUUCAAUUCCUACUUUUCAUUUUGCUUCCUAGAAAAUACAAUCGUUAUAAAAUAACUAGGCUCUGCAUUUAGAACAAGAAUUGUUAUUUGUCUUGACCUUUUUCUUCAGCCCUACAGAGAAGCAUCUGUGCUUUUAUACUUGCUAUGGAUAUAACCUAAAAACUUUUGGCAUAUUUAGGUCAACCUAGCAGAACUUUUUUUUUUUUUUUUUCAUUUGUUUGUUUAAAUGGAGUUGAAUAAUGGAGAUUUUUGUGUCUGGGGAAUCCCUGAAAUCAUUGAAAAAGUAACAAAUUAUUUCUUGUCUUAGGUAAAAUCCUUUUAAACAUUUUCAUAAUCAUUAAAACUUACUGCCAGUCAUGAGUGGUUUUUUAAUUAACUUGACUUUUAUUGCACUUCUGCCCAUUUUCAGGGGGAGUAAUAUUUGCAACAUUUGAGGAGACUGUAUCUGUCACUUUGGCUAUUUUGAGGGACUGUCCCAUCAGUUGAAUAUACUGCAUGGCCUUGGAGAGAGACUCUGGGCUCUCAGCUCGGAUGUAUUCAUCAAUUACUCCUUUCAGAGCUCUUGUGGGUGUAAGUGACAUGAUGUGGCCAAAAAAUCCAAACUGUGCAGUUGCGUUGUGACAAACAUGCAAUGUGCUGUAAAAACUCAAUACAAUUUAAAUAAAAUCUCUAUAUUAGUGA